AUGUCUGGUCGAGGCAAAGGAGGCAAAGCAAAGUCAUCGGCAAAAGCUAAAACACGUUCGAGCAGAGCUGGCUUACAAUUCCCUGUCGGUAGAAUUCAUCGUCUUCUGCGCAAGGGUAAUUAUGCCGAACGCGUUGGUGCAGGAGCUCCGGUAUAUCUGGCAGCUGUACUUGAAUAUUUGGCUGCAGAAGUUCUUGAAUUAGCUGGCAAUGCUGCGCGUGACAAUAAAAAAAGUCGCAUUAAUCCACGUCAUCUACAACUAGCUGUGCGCAACGAUGAAGAACUUAACAAGCUUCUGUCGGGAGUGACUAUCGCACAAGGCGGUGUAUUGCCUAACAUACAUGCAGUUUUGUUGCCUAAGAAGAUAGCUGGUGAAAAGGAGUAA